CUUAGUUAGUGAUACGGAGGACCGAGGGCUCACUGGACAAUGAGUGAGGGGCUGAAUGGGACAGUGGUCCCUGAAAAGAGAUGGUCUGAGGAAGAGAAGUGGCUGCUGGUGGCUGUGUUGGGUGUAGAGAUGGUCAUUGGAGCUGUGGGAAACAGUCUCGUUCUGAUCGUCAAAGUCAUGUGCAGGGGUCAGUUCUGCUGCCGUUACUGGCUUCCAUUCAUCAGUCUCACCAUUUCAGAUUUAGGCUGUUCACUUCUCAUCACCUCUGGCUCCAUGAUGGCUACUCUGACAGGAGGACAGAAGUCUCCAUGGUGUGAAGUCGUCAGCCUACUAAAGUUUGCCUUCAUCACCUCAUCCAUAGGCAGUAUAGCUAUUCUCAGUGUGCAGCGGCUGAUUGGCAUGCCAUCCACAAGAAGCACUCUGUUUGGUGCCAUUGCAGCAGCCUGUUUGACUUCUUGGGUAACGGGGGUGGUGGUUGGGAGCGUUCCCAUCAUCUAUGACUGGGUCAGGUAUGAUCCUGCAGAGAUGCUGUGUGCUGUUUUCUGGGAGAGCAGCUACUCAGACAUGAUGACUUACAUCCUUUGUGCCUUUUCCAUCUGCGUCUUCCUUCCUAUCCUCCUAAUGCUUAUCUGCUCUGUAAGGAAUGCUUCCAGCUGCUGCUCCAACUCCAGCUCCGGCAACAGCAAUGAAGAAGCAGAUCUAUCUGAAGUGGCCCCUCUGUUAGUGGCUUCUUACAUGAUCUGCUACACUCCCUUUUUUAUGUCUGAGCUAAUCCUGCUGGGUAGGACGAACCUGAUUCCAGCCCCUGAUUGGCUAAGGACGCUGUCCUCAGUGAUGUCAUACCUGGACUGCUGUCUGAACCCUCUCAUCUACUGUUCCCACCAGAAUUUUCGUGACGCUGGUCUGGCCCUGUUGUGGACCAGAAAACCAAGAAAACCAGCGUUGGAGCCUGUCCUCACAGCCAUAACUAAAACUGACAAAAACAUGUGAGGCAGAUCAUGUUUAAAUUAGGGGAAAUGCAAGGAGAAACCUACUUUUCAUUAAAAUGACAAGUUAUCAUAUACAUAAAAAGUGUUUUAGUUGUUGGGAAUGUUCUAAUUCUAUCUCUUUUUAGUAAAAAGGAACACCAGCAUGAUACUAACAGGAUCUUAGCUUAAAUAGAAAAUAUUUGCAGAAUGCUAAGUUUUGCAUGUUUCAUUCCUAUUUCCAUUGCUUUUGUUAAAUAACAAACUGUAAUCAGAACAUGAAUCUUCAUGUAACAGUGUGGUGCAUCUGUACUCUGCUAUUAUGUUUUAUAUUAUUUGGUACAUUCUGUAAUUUUGCAAAAAUUCAGUAUCUCUGUAUAACUUUUUUUUGCCUCUUUUCCUCAUGCAGCCAUCCUUCUGUUUAGUGAAUCAGACACACCCAAUAGUCUAUAUUGUAUCUUAGCAAAAGAUACUAAAAGUAAAUUUAUUUUAACCUUGCUUACCCGACACUACACCUCCCUCUGAACACAGCAUCAUGCUCUGGGGUUGUGUUCUAUCAGGAGGGACAGGGAAGCUGCUCAGAGUUGAUAGGAACAUAGAUUGAGUUAAAUACUAGAAACUUGAGAUGGGAUAGUUUUACCUUCCAGCAGGACAACAAAAUAACAGCCACACCUACAAUCCUCAAAGCAUAUUUAUGGGUCCAAAUAGCCCGGUCGAAGUCCAGACCUAAAUCUAUUUGAGAAUCCCUAGCAGGACUUGAAAAUUCAUCUUCCCAUGCUGUGUCCAUACAAUCUGACUGAGCUUGAAA